GGGGGAGGGGGGUUUGGGCGGUGUUUUUGUCCGACCCGAGGAAUGUGACGCACGGACGGGAAGGAGACGCACAUCAGCGGUUUCACCGGGAGCAAUAAAGCCGUCGGUACAAAGAGAAGAGAGGAGGCAAGUUCUGGAGCAAAGUGAGGAGGUUUAAAUUCCUCCUUCCUCACCUUAUCUUACCCCUGAGCCUUGACCUUUGACUCGACCCUUUCCAACAAUGCCGCACCGGUCUCAGAGUUCAUCGAUAGGCGAUAACCCUCUCGACCCAAACUACCUGCCUCCACACUACCGUGAGGAGUAUCGUCUAGCUAUUGAUGCUCUGAUAGAAAAUGAUGUACAGAGCUACUAUGAAUUCCUCCAGCUGGCAGAUGUGCCCAGUUUUCUGGCACAGACGGAAAUUGAACAUAUCAAGUCGACAAUCCAGGUGCCCAACCAGACCACGGGCAUCCCAGAGCUGACGUACCAUGAGAGAGGCGCUGAGGAUGAAGGCUCUUCUGACACCUACUGGCCGGUUCAGUCGGACCUGGCUGCCCCGGGGCUGGACCUGGGCUGGCCGUUGCCGCAGCACAGCUUUGCUGGUCCCACAGAGGUCACCACUCUAGUCAACCCCUCUGAUCCUGACAUGCCGAGCAUCAAGGAGCAGGCCAGGAGACUCAUCAAGAACGCACGCCAAGUUAUUGCUGUGGUGAUGGACGUGUUUACAGAUAUUGACAUUUUUAGUGACCUCUUGGACGCAGCAGCACGCCACGUUCCCAUUUACAUUUUACUGGAUGAGCUGGACGCCCAUCACUUUGUCUCUAUGGUUGUCAACUGCAAAGUCAACUUGGAUUUUAAUCCGAUGAUACGUGUCCGGACCGUGGCAGGAAUACCUUAUUACACCCGGACAGGGAAAUCAUUUAAGGGGCAGGUGAAAGAUCGUUUCCUAUUGGCUGACUGCAGGGCUGUACUCAGUGGGAACUACAGUUUUAUGUGGUCCUAUGAGAAGAUCCACCGCUGCAUCGCCCACCUCUUCCUCGGGGAGCUCGUCUCCACCUUCGAUGAGGAGUUUCGCAUUCUCUAUGCUCAGUCAGAGCCUCUAGUCAUUGACCCAAACAAGGCAGCACUUACUGUUACUGAUACAAGCAGCACCAGCAACUAUUUAGGCAGCCAGUUUGGAUUAAAGAGGUCCCAGUCUUUGCGUAACCCAAUAGGUUACCGAAGACAGCCUGAGAUUCCCUCUGCCUUCCCCCAUGGAGACUCUGAUCGUAACCUUGUGCUUCCUUUCCGGAGGAAUGACGCGUUUCGUCAAACCAUGGAACCUGGGCCAGGAAUUACUAUUGGAAAGUAUUCACAGCAACAGUUUCGCCUUCAGCAGUCAUUCCUGGAACAGGGACGGUCCAUUGUGUCCAGGCAGAUGGAGAUGAGUGCCAGUGCCUUCAAAAGACACAGCUAUGCAGAAGGAACCCAGGAAACCUACACAUCUUCAAGACAAUUUAUGCAACACAGAGUCAUGAACAAUCUGGACGAGACAGACUUCCACAGAGAACAGAUUCAAAGCAGCCACUACUACAAUGAAGGGCCGGGGCCGGGUUCUGGCCACGGACACUUGGACAGACUUCGAGGCCGUCCUCCACACCUCUCCAUUGACCAGUAUUCAGACUCAAGCUUUCGCUCAGACCCGGAGGCUCCACCUGGAAACUACGGCAGAGAAUACUUUUCAUCUGAGGAUCUCAGAGGACCCGAGGGCCACAACGCCCCUCCGUUAGCUGGGAGGUAUGGGGGAGGAUCCUCCCAUAAAAGGCCAACCAUAGGCCAGGCGUAUGCCUGUCAGAGUUCACCAACCCAGCUCCACCCACCGGAAAAGAAACCAUUUAACAAACAAUAUGAUCAAGAACAAGAACAGGACUCAAGUGUAAAGCAAGGGCUGAGAAGUUGGAGAAUCCACUCCUAUCUAAGCACUUAUGAGGACAGUGGAGAAGAAGGCCUGACUCAGCCCAUGGGUCCUGAUGCUUUUGAUGAGCAUCCUCAAGCUGAGCAACCAGCUGAAACUGAAACUUCAGCUCCAUGCUUUGGAAUAAAAGAGCCACCAAAUGUUCCCCCCAAGCCCAGACCUGAUAUCCUGAGACCACGCUUUGGAAAGCCUAAACUACCUGAGAGCAGCAGUAAAGACUCUGUCCUACCAACAUCCAAGGAUCUGCUUCCUUCUCGUCUUGUGCUGGAGAGAAAAGAGAGGGAGAAGAAGGAAAAGGAAAACGAGACAGAGAGGAGUACAACAAGGGAGGGGGCUGCAGAUGUGGAGGCAAAAGGUGCUCCAGAAGUUCUUCUCUCCAAACAUGAGUCAUUCCGCUCACGUAUUAACCCACUCCUCCAGCGUAGCUCUCGUCUGCGUUCCUCACUUAUAUUCUCAUCUUCCAAGGCAGAGAUACACAGUGGUAGCUUAGGUCUAAAACCAGCCACAGAACAAGAUGAGGAGUUAGAUAUGGUGCGCACCUCCUCUAUUGUGGCCCAGAUCCUAGAAAAGAGGAGGUCAUUAUCUCGUGAACCUUUCGAGUGGCGAAGGAAAGCUGAAGAGAUGGAGAAGGAGAAAGAAGAAAAAAAGGAGAAGCAAGAGGAAAAAGUGAUACAAUUAAAAGAUGAGAUUAAACCUAAAGAGGAACCUGAAAAAAUUAAUGAAGAAGUAAAGACAACAUCCACUGUUGAAAGACCCAAAGUCACAGUAUCAUUAACUCUGAACGACCCAGCCAGCCGACUGCAGUACUUUAAAGAACUGGAGGCCAAAAGAAAUUCCUCAAAAAUGGAGACAGAGCCAUCGCUAAAAGCAUCAGAGCCCGCUGAAAAAAAGCCAAAUCUUUUGGAUAAAUCUCCUCCCGACAUUACAGCAACUUCAAAGAUCCCAGCGGUCACGGUCAGUGCAGCAGAACCUGAACCCACAAAGUCAGACAUCCCGGCAAAAGUGGCAGAGCUUAAUAUUCGCAGACCUUCACUCAGUUCAUCAAAACCACCGAUAAUCACUGCCAAACCUUAUUCAAGCUCACCGAAGCCGUCAGAGAUAUUGCAAUCUCAGAAAGAGGAGAACACAUCAGAAGGUCAAAAGAAAGAUGUAUUCAGGUCUCUAAAGCCUCUUCCUUCACCUAAGAUCUUCAAGAGGGAUCCGUUGAAGCUUAAAGGACUGAAUCCUCGUCGCAUCUCCUGUGGUGAGGAGACUUUGACCACAGACGCUACAGAUGCAGAGAAGAGUGAAAUGAAAAAGAGUCGCUCUCUGUCACAUGAUGACUCUAAGGAAGGACUGAAAAAGGUUAUGGGAUCUACUACAUCCAUCAACACAAUUGGUGAGGGAAAGGGUGAGGGCAAGACACUCGACUUCCUAAAGAAGCAGACUCAGAGGCUAAAGGGAUUCCUGGGACCGAAGGAUAAAGAAAGGAAAUCCUCAGUAGAGGAUAGAAGCAUGAGCACAGUCAUAGAGGUUACUGGCGAAUCAAGCAAAAAAUCAUCAUCAUCAUCUAAAGAUAUAGCGUCUACCACUGCUGAUCAAAACACAACCAAUCAUAAAACAUCAGUUGGAACACCUGGAACAUCUGUCUCAUCCAGAUACCAGCCCGCGGGCAGCUCUGUUCUUUUCAGCAGCAACUUACGAGAUGACACCAAAGUCAUUCUCGAGCAAAUCUCCGCCAACAGCCAAAAGAACCGCCAGGAACGAGAAGAAACGGGAGGGGACAAAGAUGGAGAUGCCGGAGAUAAAGGACUGGAGAGACAGAACUCCAUAAAAAGGAACCGAUUUCUGCGACCAGCUGGCAACAACCAGGAGCGGGAGGGACUGCUGAGGAGGAUAGAGAGCCUGAGGAAGGAGAAGAAAGUCUACAGCCGUUUUGAGAUGGGGAAUAGCCUGGGAUAACGAAAAGAUGGAGGAGCGACCUUUUACGCGGAAACUAUUUAUGCAAGACUAUCAAAAACAUCCAUUGCCUACGUGUGCCAACAACACUGUGAGAGUACCUCUGGGGCUUAACACUACAGCAUUUUCUGGAUUUUUCACAAGAAGUAAUAAAACAUGAAAGGACGAUAUAUAAAAUGGUUAAAACAAACUAAAGUCACCAAGUUUGGAAUGUGCCUUUUUGCCAAGAUCUUGUUCUACUUUUUUCCUUAUAUGGUGACUGUGGUGACAAGACUCUACUUUCAGACUGGCUCGAUGGGCCAGUAUGUGGCUCAGAAACAGCACGGUUUACCUAUAAAUGAGCUUUUAUGAACGGGACUAAGAAGAAAAGGGAAAGGGCACAAGAAUGUAUAACAUGCCAGUCACAACACACAGCAGUGUAUGACAGCACAUGGAUAGUACCAGUGUUGUGUACGGGCGACUUUGCAGCUGGAACUUGCUUAAAAGUGAAUGGGAGAAAGUGUCUUUGUACCAGUGGCCCAUCAAGGGUACUGCCAAGGUUUUGGAGGGGGUUGUGAAAAGAUUGGAGAAAGUCAGUGAAAUUAUAGAGUGUAAAAAAGUGUGGAGGGAAGAAAGUGAAAAUGUUGGGGGAGUACAGGUUGGAUGGGUGGGUGAGGCUGCAGUGGACUUUAAACACUCGAGAGCUUUCCAUUAAAUCAUACACCCACUUCUCAGAGUUGAAAAUACAUAACCAUUCAGAGAGGAGGCCUAGGAGCUUCCACGGAAAGAGGAGUGGUGUUUAUGUAUACUAGUGUUUGUUUUAUAUAAUGUAAAUAAAUAUGCAAGAUUUCCAGUUGGCCUGAAUCACUGUAAAAACAGAGGUUUUACUUGCCCUGUUUCCCUUUUUUUCUUGAAAUUUUAAAUCAGGCAUUACCUCUAAAAGGAAGCAUACAAGAAAGAACAGGUAUAUUACGCAGUACUGGAGCAGUGCCAUGCCUCCUUAUAUAACUCCUAAAACCUACGCCCUGCACAGGAUUCCUAACUCCUUCGUUGGUUUGCAGAAACUAUUAAACCAAAGACUUACUGGUCCCAUGCUGCCUGAUAGCUCGGCAGGGCAUCAAACCACUUAUGGUUCACUGUGUUUUUGCUGAGUACAUCAAAAAAAAAAAAAAAUUUAAUGAUCUACUGUAUGCUGUAUGGAUGCUUCUGGGUGGGGGACACUGUUUUCUAUACAGGGUUUUAUUGUACAUUAAGGACUGUUUAUAUUUUAAGUGAUUAAAAUAGAUCGUGAUCACCCUCGCUGUACUCUGAAAGUGCCUUGUGUUUAUUUUUAAUAAUUUUAAUGAAUAUGUGAGCAUGUGGUUUGGCUGUUAAGAAAAAAAAAAAACAAUUGGCAUUAAUUAAGGAAAGUCAUUUUUGCACAAGUUUAAUGUCUUUUUAAAAACUCAGUAUUACAAUGUGUUUGAAAUACUGCAAAAAAAAAAAAACCUCUUGCAA